AGGCCGUUAAAGUGAUGUUGUUUCCUUGUCUAAUUUCAGGAAUAGCCUUCUACUUUUUUCGGACAUCCACAGCAGACGCACAGGGUAUGAUGGAAGUCGCAGAAAAAGUCAAAGGUGUGCUAUCCAAAGGCCGCACGGCUGUCGGGGUUGCAGUCAAAUUUGUACCUUGUUUCAAACUCGUUGCUGAAAUACAGGGUAACAUGAAAAAGGUUGGUUAUAACGCGAAAGGUUUAAGGAUCUGUCUGGACAGGGCGAUUCCGAAGGAUGAAGAAAUUCAGGGUAGAGAAGAUCAGAUGGUUACGAGGGAAGAACUGCGCACUAAGGUUAAAAACUGUAUCACGGCUAUGAUCGCAGCAGCAAGAGGCAAGGACGAUAUUGAGGAAGACAUGCUUACCGAUAUAAAGGACUGCUUCAUGAACGCGGCCCAAUCAUUGAGUGCUUUGACAGGAGGCGAUGACGGAGAUAACGCUGGCGGAGAGGGCCACCGCCGUUGAAAGCAAGAAACAAGGACUAUUAACGUCAACGAUACUUCGGCAGAAUGAAGACCUGUGGCAACGACCACAUAAUCUUCAAGGGAUUAUGCUUCAGGCUAAGCGCAAAGCAUUUGCCGUAUGGAAAAACCAUAAUCUAUCACAGAGUACCAGACAAACUCGGUUUACCCAAAAAUGGAUCGGCCGUAAAUUUAGUUUGAACUAUUGUCUAUAAAAUGAGCUUUACAGAUGCCCUCGUCUGGGGGACAUGCCUGCAGAGCUACUAAAAUCGUCUCAACGCAGUUGUCUGUAUAAGUUAGUGUUCCAUGUAUUUAGAUUUUCGAUAAAUUGAAAUAAAUAAAGCUAAUUAAUACUAUACAACCAAUAAAUUUACUUCACGACGUAAGAAAAAGCAAAAUGGGCAUGUGAUUAUUAGUUGAUUUGCAAGAGAAAUUGAGCUGACUAUGUAAUGUUGUAUAAUAGGCUGGCUGCAUGUGACCACAUACUAUUACAAUUUCGUUGCUACAAGUACAGACACGGAUCGACCUCGUCUGUUCGAUUGCAUACUUUCUCUAGGUAAAAUAUACGUUACUAAAUUAGCUACUUCCUCUCCAGCACUAUCUAUACAUAUCAGUUCUGCCACCAAAGACCUUUGUUUAUGAAUACCAUUCUACAUGUAAAAUGAAUAGUUCCUUAAUUUUUAAUGGUUAUCCUUUCAGAAGUUUGGUAUUGCUCUGAUUAAAUUUAACAGAAAAGCCUUUAUACCUUCAAAGCUAUAGUCCCUUGAUUUAUCUUUUGGAUGAACCAUAUUUCAGUUGUUUUUAUGCCUUCUGUUCUUAAGACACACGCGAUAUUACCUCAGACAUCAUUGUCUUAGUGCUAAACAAUGUCAAUUAAAUCGAAUUUUCAGUUGAUUGACAGCAAUAGUUCAAGUGGCUAGGAUAGGCCAUCUAUUGUGGCUAAUUAGCCAC